CGACGGGAGGGGUCACAGGACUUGGGAACGCCGUGCGGUGUCGCCGGCCGGACUGUCCCGGGGAAGGUGCGCGUCCCGGGGGGGGCCAUGGACCCGGGGCCGCGCCCCUCCGGCAGCGGCUGCAGCAGCCCCGCGGGCCUGUCCCGGGAGUACAAGCUGGUGAUGCUGGGCGCCGGCGGCGUGGGGAAAAGCGCCAUGACCAUGCAGUUCAUCAGCCACCGAUUUCCAGAAGACCACGACCCCACCAUCGAAGAUGCUUAUAAAAUCCGGAUCCGUAUUGAUGAUGAGCCUGCCAACCUGGACAUUUUGGAUACGGCUGGACAGGCAGAGUUUACGGCCAUGCGGGAUCAGUAUAUGAGGGCAGGAGAAGGGUUUAUCAUCUGCUAUUCUAUCACCGAUCGCCGAAGUUUCCAUGAAGUUCGGGAAUUUAAGCAGCUUAUUUACCGAGUUCGACGCACUGAUGAUACACCUGUGGUUCUGGUGGGGAACAAGUCUGACCUGAAGCAACUAAGACAGGUCACCAAGGAAGAAGGAUUGGCUUUGGCCCGAGAAUUCAGCUGUCCUUUCUUUGAGACCUCUGCUGCGUUCCGCUACUACAUCGAUGAUGUAUUCCAUGCCCUUGUACGGGAGAUACGUAGGAAAGAAAAGGAGGCAGUGCUGGCCAUGGAGAAAAAGUCUAAGCCCAAAACCAGCGUAUGGAAGAGGCUAAAAUCACCGUUCCGGAAGAAGAAAGACUCCGUAACCUGAAGGGAAGAUGUGAGGUGUUCCUCUGUGAACUGCAGGGCUUACUCAGAGCAGUCCAGGAACUUGCAUUAGUGAGCACGGUGCUUGCUCUUUCUCCUGUUAUGACCGUUACUGUAAAUGUAACUGAUGAAGGGGAUAUGCCUCGAGGGAGUUUGCAGUGAUGUGGUGUCUAGAAUACUGUCUUUUAGCUAAUUCUGACUUAUUAACCCAGUGGAGCACUGUCUACUUUUAAAUUGUCACAUUAGAAUUUGAUCUACCGAUGUUUUGGGUUCUGUUCCUGAUAUUAGUGAAUUAACGUGGAUUGUUUAUACUCUGGGGGAAUAUAUGUACCACGUGUGUUCGACUAAGCCCACAAGAGGGACUUUCUGCUAUGCACUACUCCAUGUUCUUUUCUACUUGGGUUUCCUGGGACCUUCUCGGCGAAGGGCCUCACUUCUGUUCUCCUGUGCUUCCUGGACACAUAGCGAGAACCUCGUAGGGAGGUCAGUGGUACAGUUCAGUGAGUAGCUGUGGAACUGCCUCCCGUUGCAGAUGAGGGACCAAUGAGAUCAGGGAAGCCGGGCUGUGGAGGCGGCUGGGGGACCUCACUAGGGACAGGUAGCAUCACAGCUGUGUUCCCAGGGCAGGCCUGGCUUUCCUGAGAAGUGCACGUCUGACCCAGAUGCACUGAAUGGGUGAGGACGAACAGAAGCAGUGCAAUGUGUGAAGGUUUCUUCUGUGAAGCUCUUUUGUUCUUUCAGGGUUUAGCCUCUGUUUACCAUCAGAGGUGCAUGCUUUGGGAACCAUUACUGGAUUACUAAACUCUUGUUCAGACCCUCGGUUGGGACAGCCAUUGCCUUGUGCAGGUUCAUUUUUCCCCCGGAGAUGCCCACGCCCGUGCAUUACGUGCUUCCCAGUGCUUCCGCGCGCUCCCCAGGAGAGUGGGGCCUGGCCACGUGUGUCGUAGGUCCCUCGUCAGACUUCCUGCGUCUUGCGUACGGAAGAGACAUCGGGAGUUAGAGUCCAGUCGUGUGUGCCUCCUCAGCGCAGUCACCAGGCUCCACGCUCCGGGAAAGCCUGCGCGUCUCUGUGCUAACGAGCCAGUUGUGAAGCUUUAGAAAAUUCCCGUGUGCUGGGUUUCUCAUUGAAGAUUUCUUUACAGGGACCUUGUUGAGUUCACCUCAGGGUUGUCUGAACCUUGACGGAACUUAGCCUAAGAGAGUGCCACCUUGAUAUUUGUCAUAGCUGGGAGACGGUUGUCCUGGGAAGGAACAGCUUUAAAUAUUGGUGGUGAGUUCUCUUUUUUAGAAUCAGGAUUGUUUUGAUACCUGGACUUAACUGUGUGUGGAGAUUAAGUGCAAAAGUGCUAAGAAUAAUGUAGCAUAUAUGGAACGUUACAUGUCACUGAAGUAGCGUUUGUGACCAUUUUAAACUCUUGACGUGACUGUGUAGCACCUCUUAAAAAGCGCACACCUCAACUUAACUGAUUUCCACUCUAAUUACAGGCAGAAGGACAGGGUUGUUGUGUUUUUCCUCAUCCUCAGUGGGGUGUAUGUUCUAGGUUUAAAGAAAGGUGAUUGUUGCAACUUUUUUAGCUAAGUAGCGGUCCCUUUUGAGACCAAAUAAAUUAUGUUUUAUGGUACUCAAGCCAUCCAAAAGUGAGAGACCCAGAAUUUGAAUCUAUGCAGGACGGAAAUCUUAUAGGAACUGUAGCACUUUAGCAAAGCAUGAAGGUAGAGAAGAAACGUAGUGCAAUUCUGUUGUACCAGUAUUUCACCAUGUGUAAAUUAGCUCGGAGCCUUUUACGUGUAAUGCCUUAGCUUCUCGUUACUAAUGACCUAGGGAGUUGUACUUAGCGUCAGGGAAGACUUUUACAGCCAUAUAAUUAUUCAGGACAUUCAAUGCAGCACAGAAUAUUGCCAGAGAGAAAGAUUUGUAAGAGAGGAGGGAAUUUAUAUUGUAUAUGAGAAAAAUAACAAAUUUGUGUUUUUAAGACUGUCACUGUCAUAUCUUUGAUCAUUGGAUUGAUUAGCCCAUUAGUUAGUAUUGAGGAUUCUAUCCAUGGUGCUAAAUAGUUUGAGGGGGUGUGUUAUGUGUAGGUAACAGCUCAAUUCUUAGUGAUCUAAGUGUAUGUAAUUUAUAAACUCUAAAGAGUCAGGUUUUUCCAAUUUGAGGGCAUUACAAUCAGUUACUGCCUGGAACUUUGAAGAGAAACGUUCAGGGACAAGCGUAAAAGCGCUGGAACUGUCCGUGCCUGCGCCACAUUGUUAAGUCACAAGAUUUAGAAGCUGGUGUCUAGAAGGGAUGUAUUUUAACUUUAUCAAAUACUAGCAAGAAUCGGUCUGCUGUGGUGUUUGGGGGUUGCGGGGGGAAGGAGGAGACCAGUCUCUCACUUAUGCACUUGUAUAUGAAGACAGUUUAUAUGACACAAUACAAAACUUUUCAACAACUCAUUGGGCUUCUCCUUUGCUUACUUGUGUGUGGGUCAGAUGCUUGGGAUUAUUGCAUAAGGUCAUUUUAAGAAGACUUAAUACCAUGAGAUUUUAUGUUCUGGAAAGUACGGAUUCCAAAAAAUGUGAGUGCCCGCCACGUGCGGAACGCUGUGUCGAGUGUCAGGGCGCGUGCGUGGAACACCCCUUCCUUCAGAGAGGUUACCUCGGCGCACGUGCAGGGAGAGGGGCUAGAGGGAGGUGAGGCACCGCGGUCCAACUGCUGAAGAGUCUCCGUGCUUCAGUGAGUGGGGUCCCACCUCUGCGUGACUCCGGACUCUAGUCCCCCGCCCCGGGCACUGUCCACUGUCCUGGUUCCAGCAGGCCGGGGUGCUCGGGGAUGCCUGGUGUUUGGCCGUGCCGCCAGAUGGCUUUGGGGGAGCGGGGGGUGCAGAGUGAACUGCCACCACUGGGGCAGGGGGCGGGUGCCUGAGGGACCCUAUCGAGACCCCAGCGUAUCCAGAGAGAGGUGGAGCGGUGCAGAGUGGGGAGCCAGGAAAAACACAUUGAAGACAAUAGCGUAUUUGCCUCCAGCAGGAGGGUUACAGUUUCAAGUGUGUAAACUGAACGUGGACUAAGGAAUAACUGCUUUACAUGAAGGUCAUUGCUUUUGUCUCCACUUCUAUCCGUGGGAUCAAUGGGCCUCAGUGUUUGUAGAGGACUUAGUUUGGACAUUAAAGGACUGUGUUUUUGUGUCCUCGUGACUUGAGUUGUGUAGAGCAGGUCAGUACCUGUCUGUGGGGUCCUCUGUUGAAUCAGAGGCAACGGAGGAGGCAGUAUUCGCGUUUCUAACGCAGGUUAGGCGGUGGGGUUACAGUGUUCAUGGGCCCCCUCUGCACUGAGCACUGUGAGACUGUGCAGGGUUUGAGGGGAUAUAAGACACCCUGCUCUUGACCUUUGAUAAAAUCUGCAUUCACAACUAGAUGUCAAUCUGAAGGUAGUAGGUUACUUCAAACUGGGAAUGUGACAGGAAUUCAGAGAGGGAAAGAAUUAGUGUGGCCGGGCCCAGCAGUGGGACCAAGAGCUAACGGAGAGGAGGCAAGUGAGGAGAGGUCGAAUACCAAAGAGAGGUGAUUUCUGAUAUUCCUAGUGUUUAUUGCUGAUUAUUAUUAUUAUUAUUUUUACAUUUUAUUUAUUUUUUGAGAGAGGAGAGAGAGAGAGAGAGCGAGCAUGAGCGGGGGAGGGGCAGAGAGACAGGAGGAGACAGAGAAUCCAAAGCAGGCUCCAGGCUCUGAGCUGUCAGCACAGAGUCUGACGCGGGGCUUGAACCCACAAACUGAGAUCGUGACCUGAGCUGAAGGCGGAUGCCCAACUGACUGAGCCACCCAGGCGCCCCUUAUUGCUUAUUUUUUUUAAGUUAUUUAUUUUUGAGAAAGUGCAAAUGGGGGAGGAGCAGAGAGAGAGAGAAAGACAGAGAAUCCCAAGCAGGCUCCAUGCUUUCAGUGUGGAGCCUGAUGCGGGACUCGAACACACGAAUCGUGACAUCAUGACCUGAGCUGAAGUCAGACGCUUAAAUGACUGAGCCACCCAGGUGCCCCUAUUGCCUUUUUUUAAAGUUUGUUUAUUUAUGUAUUUAUUUAAAAAUUUUUUUUAAUGUUUAUUUAUUUUUGAGAGACAGAGGAAGUGCGUGCGCGCAUAUGAGCAGGGGAGGGGCACACACGGAGACACACACAGAAUUGAAAGCAGGUUCCAGGCUCUGAGCUGUCAGCACAGAGCCUGAUGCAGGGCUCAAACCCACGGACUGCGAGAUCAUGACCUGAGCCGAAGUCGGAGGCUCAACCGACUGAGCCACCCAGGCGCCCCUUAUGUAUUUAUUUUGAGAGAGAGUGUGCGUGUGUAAGUGGGGGAGGGGCCGAGAUGCGGGGCUCGAGCUCAGUAAUUGUGACAUCAUGACCUGAGCUGAAGUUGGACACUUCAGUGAAUGAGCCAUCCAGGAACCCCUAUUAUUCGUUUUCUUGAAAAAAAAAAAAAAAAUAUAUAUAUAUAUAUAUAUA